UCAACGUAAUAAUAGGAUCUUCAGAAUGACAACAUGUUGCACUGAGUAAUACCAUCAGCAGUCCCCAGAGCCAAAUGUUGUGCGGUCCGCUGCAUUUGCCUUGUCAAACCUUGCUCGAGGCAAAGAGGCAAAUAUCAAGGCAUUGAUGGACGCAGGGAUUGCUGAGCCGUUACUGCAGUUGUUACAGGUGAAGACUGAUCAAGGCACAAUGGCCGAAGCGGCUUGGACUCUUACCUACCUGACUGCAGGGGGAGAGUUUGAGCAAAGCUUCGUGUCAAUGGGACUCAUUCCGAAACUUGUUGCAGCGAUGGAAGUGCUAUCGAAGCAGAAGCCCCAUGACUCAGCGGUACUUACACCUCUAAUCCGUUGCCUUGGCAACAUUUGCACUGGUCCAGAAAACAUUGUUACCAUGGCAACUGAAGAUGGAACUCUUCUUCCCACCAUUGGCCGUCUGCUUCAGUCCGACCAUCGUCACAUUAAGAAGGAAACUUUGUGGGCCGUUAGCAACAUGACAGAGGUGUUGAGUGUCUGUGAACAGAUCAUUACCCUAGGUCUGCUACCUAACAUCAUAUCUUGCCUGGAUACGACCUUUGACAUCAAGAGAGAGGCAGUUGUGUGUCUGUGUAACCUAGCGUACCAUGGUGCUACAUUCUGUCAGCAGUUAAUACAACAUGGUGCGUUUCCAGGGGUCAUCAGCAUGCUGAAAGAUGCUGAUCCUGCGGCUGUGGGUUUGGUUCUGGGCUUCUCAGAUAUGAUCCUCAAAAAUAAUGAAAACGGGAAGCAUUUGUUUGAGGAGCACGGUGGUUUGACUCUUCUUGAACCCCUGGAGUAUCACAACAAUCCAACCAUUCACAGUCAGGUAGCGGAGUUCCUUGAGACUUACUUCUACCAUGAUGCGGACAAGGGCUCCUGAUCUGUUGAUUGAUUUUAUGAUCGAUCUUCUUUAGUGAGACGAUAAGUUGAGGAUGGAGAAGUUUGGAUCAUGAAGGGAGGUAGCGAAAAUUUUCCAACGAUUAAGAUUUUAUUAUGGUGAGACAAAACAACGGGAUCUGGGUUAAAAAAAUUGUAUAAUAUAAUUUGUUUUUAUCCUUACACUGAUAAUAAUAAUUAUUUUAAUAAAUAAGGGCUU